AUGUCGAACACACCUCCGGCAUCGUCCAUCGGGUUGGAAUCGUCCGAUCUUCACGAGAUCAGGCAGAAUCAUCUGACCACCCGAUUGGAGUCCGACGACUCCGUGAAACGGGAGCAGAUACGAGGAAGUGACGGCAACAAUCCUGACAGCGAUUGCGAAAGUGACACCAGCGAGGUGUUGAGCGUCGGUAGCGAACCGACGCCCACGAGCGUCGUUGGUAUACGUGGCUGCGGUUCGGUCAGGUACGACCAGGAAUCGGCUAGCAGCCGCGGCGGUGAUUUUCGCGACGAGGAGAACACAAGGACAUCGGCGACACCGUCGCCUUCUAGCUCGACUAGCUGCAACGAUGGGUUCUAUCAACGUUCGUCUAAUCACAUCCAGGCGCCUAGUCCGCCGGGCUACAGUCAGCCUCCUUCGUCGCCUACAGCCUCCUCGGUGAGGUCACCGGCUUCGUCCUCGGCCACAGCCUCGUCCCCAGGUCGGCCAGAAGCUAUCCAGGACGUGAUAGUUCCCAGGUACCAGUCCAGCCAUCCGCAACACUUGCUACCACGGUAUUCCUCGAGGGAAUCCGAGAUUCCUGAUUACCCAACCCGCGUCCAACACAGCCUAACUCACGAGAUCAUCUAUCCAACCGUGGAAAGGUUGCACAGAACUCCGAUCAGCGUUCCCUUAGUGACAAGACUGUCCUUAUCACCGCCGUCGGCCAUGACAGUGACCGGUCUUCAGGCAACGACCCCUGUCCUCCAUCCAACCGCCUGCAGAGACCCCAGAGAAACGGCCCCGUUGAUGCCCCAUCCUGGUCAACACUUGCAUCAUCCGAACAGUCACGUUCACCUUCACCAAACCUCCCAGGUGCAACACAUCCCGGCGAACUCGGUCCACCAGCAUCGACUCUCCGUGAACAAGAUCCUCCAAAGAGAACCUGGCAGUCCCGUCUCCCCUAGCGCGAGAGAGGAAAACGGACGGACGAUGCCCGGUGCGAACGGUGUACAGAACAACGGCAUUAACAACACCAAUCAUCAUAACAAUCACAACAAUAACAACAACAAUCUGCAGCAUCAAGCUAGCCUGAAGUUCAGUAUAGACAAUAUCCUGAAAGCUGACUUCGGCAGAAGGAUCACCGAUCCGAUCUCGCUGAAAAAGUCCCGACCGAAGAAGGUCUCCUCGCGACCCAUCGAUCUGACCAAGGACUUUCUGGAGUCGUCCUCCGAGACCUCGGAGAAGAGCAGCUCCGAGACGAGCUCGACGACGAACACGUCACCCGGCGGUGUGACCGCGAAUUCCGCUUCGAACGCGCCGGGACCACCUGCGAGCGAACCUGGUAAACAGCUGCCCUGGCCUGCCUGGGUCUACUGUACCAGAUACUCGGACCGACCCUCUUCCGGACGAAGAUCCUCACGUGUUCCAGGUCCCCGCACGAGGAGGGUGAAGAGAUCCGACAGCCGCGGCAGUGGCGCCACCCCCGAGGAGAAACGGCCGAGAACGGCGUUCAGCGGUGAACAACUGGCAAGGCUGAAGAGGGAAUUCGCGGAGAACCGAUACCUCACCGAAAGACGAAGGCAACAGCUCUCGAGGGAUCUGGGCUUGAACGAGGCGCAGAUCAAGAUCUGGUUCCAGAACAAGAGGGCGAAGAUCAAGAAGGCAAGCGGCCAGAAAAAUCCGCUCGCCCUUCAGCUGAUGGCCCAAGGACUUUACAAUCACUCGACGGUGCCGUUGACCAAGGAGGAAGAGGAACAGGCCGCGGAACUGCAAGCGAAAUGA